AUGCGCCAGUUUGCCACUAUAUCGUACUCGCCAUGGGCGAAUCCCUACACCACAGGCCCCAAUGCCGGGAAGAACAUCUAUGCCGCACCCGCCCAGCAGCCGGUGUUUCGGCGUGUAGUGCUUCCACCCGCUCCCAUAUUCUAUCAUCCGGGCGUCGAACAGGUCGUUGGAGAAGAUAGCGAUGACGAUGAUUCCGAAGAGGGACAAUCCGGUGUACCCCUUGAUAAUACCUUGAUAGAAGCUUCCGAGCCACCACCACCUCCUACAGCACCCGAACCGACACCCGCACAAGAGGAUGCUCCAGCGGAUCAAUCAGCAGAGCAACCACCGGCUUCCGAUCCACCAGCUGACCCGGCACCUGAACAAAGUGCAAGUACAGAAGAGACCGCCGCACAACCGGCGCCACCGGAAGCGGCAUCAAGUCCUGGAGAAGACAAUGUUGCUGGGGAUGCCAAACCCGAUGAUGUAAAGGUCGAACCGCCUGGAGAGGCUGUUCCGGCGAAGGAGGCCGAGGAUGUGACGCCGCCUGUCUCCGUUGAAGCCUCACCACCAACUGCAGACGAGCCUAGUCCGGCCGACGAUGCAAGUCCCAAGGUGGAUGCACCAUCCGAUGAUAAUCCGCCACCACCAUCUGAGCCUUCCGAACCUACGCCUGCCGCUCAAGAGGAAACCAAAACGAUCAAUGAAUCCGAUCAAGUCGUCCAAGUCCCCCCCAUCGACACAGCCCAAGAGCCUGCCGAAAAGAGUGGUGAGUGUGAGCAGGCUGCUCAAGAGCCCCCGAUGUCCCCAAGUACAAAGUCCGUUCACUUCUCCCCUGACGUUAAAGACCCAGACGCCGUUAGCAUUGGUAGCAAGAAGAAGGGUAUUGCCAAGAAGAUUGGCAAGGGCAAGGCCACUGGUUUCGUGCGCAUCAGAGAUCCCGUUCCAGUCCGACCGGCGUCGCCAAAGGAGGAGAAGAAACCUGCCAAAGAGGACAAGAAGAAAACUCUGAAGGACACCAAGAAAAAGGAGUCGUCAAGUGCCCCUAAAGAUGACAAGAAGCCUGUUGCAAAGGAGCUGCCAGCGCCACCGUCUUCGAAGAAGAAGCCCAGCAAAGCAGACGAACGAAAGAAGAAGAAGCACGACGACAAGGAAAAGAAGUCCAAGGGCAAGAAAACCAGGAAGAGCAGCGAUGCUUCUCACACUGAGGGCAGUCUUGCGGAUGACGGAGACGAAAAGGUUGAGGCACAGGAUAGCUCCGUGGCUGACUCAGCUGCAACGCCGUCGCCCGAGGAUUCUCAACAAGCAACGGACCCGCAGGAAGAAGCUACCACUGAUCCACCUGCUCAAGAGAAACCCGAGGAAAGCACCGAGGCUGCGGAGCAAAGUCUGCCGGAAACAAGCCCGCCGGAAGAAAGCAGCCAACCUGCAGAAGCAGGCUCAAUAGCAGAAGAAGAGCCGAUUGCAGAGGAGGUUGUAGCUGCAGAUGAAAGCACACCUGGAGAGGAGACUGCACUUGCAGAAGCGAGCGCUCCAGAAGAGGAGAGUGUCCCUGCAGAAGAGAGCACUCCGGUAGAGGAGAGUGCACCAGCAGAGGAGAGUGCACCAGCAGAGGAGAGUGCACCAGCAGAGGAGAGUGCACCAGCAGAGGAGAGUGCACCAGCAGAGGAGAGUGCACCAGCAGAGGAGAGUGCACCAGCAGAGGAGAGUGCACCAGCAGAGGAGAGUGCACCAGCAGAGGAGAGUGCACCAGCAGAGGAGAGUGCACCAGCAGAGGAGAGUGCACCAGCAGAGGAGAGUGCACCAGCAGAGGAGAGUGCACCAGCAGAGGAGAGUGCACCAGCAGAGGAGAGUGCACCAGCAGAGGAGAGUGCACCAGCAGAGGAGAGUGCACCAGCAGAGGAGAGUGCACCAGCAGAGGAGAGUGCACCAGCAGAGGAGAGUGCACCAGCAGAGGAGAGUGCACCAGCAGAGGAGAGUGCACCAGCAGAGGAGAGUGCACCAGCAGAGGAGAGUGCACCAGCAGAGGAGAGUGCACCAGCAGAGGAGAGUGCACCAGCAGAGGAGAGUGCACCAGCAGAGGAGAGUGCACCAGCAGAGGAGAGUGCACCAGCAGAGGAAGGUGCUUCUGCGCAAGACAGCACUCCGGCAGAGGAAAGUGCUUCUAUAGAGGAGACUGCUUCCGCAGAGGACAGCGCCCCAGCAGAAGAAAGCGCCCCAGCAGAGGAGGUUGCUUCUGUAGAAGAGAGUGCGCCUGUUGAUCAGGAUAUUGCAGACGACGGUGUUACUGCCGAUGAAGGAGCCACCGUAACCGUACCUGUAGAAGACAACCCGCCUACAGAACCCAGCCCGCCUGCAGAACCUAGCCCAUCUACAGACGAAAGUCCGCCUGUAGAAGAAAGCCAACCUACAGAAGACGCAUCUACAGAAGACGAUUUACCUACAGAGAACGACGCCCCCGUAGAAGUCAGCCCAUCUUCAGAAGAGAGUUCGCCUACAGAAGAGAGCACGCCUACCGAAAGUACUACGUCGGUAGAAGAAAGCCCGCCUACGGAAGAGAGCUCGCCUGCUGAAGAAAGCCGGCCUACAGAAGAAAGCUCGCCGCCGUCAGAAAGCCCAACAUCAGAAGAAAGCACGCCUGCAGAAGAUGAUGUACCUGUGGAAGGUAGUGUAGCGAUUGAGACCGAUGCACCUGCAGAAGGCAGUGUAGUGACCGAGGACGAUACCCCUUCAGAAGCAAACCCACCUGCAGAAGAGAAUGCACCUCCAGAAGACAAUGCACCUACAGAAGACGAUGCACCUGUAGAAGACGAAGCUCCUAUAGGAGGCAGUGUAGCGACAGAGGCUGAUGCAAGUGGAGAGCAGGACGCACCACCAGACAUUCCACCCGAAGAAAGCCUACCUGAUGGCCAAUCAUCUGACCUCCCCCUGGCUGAAGAGAGCCAGUCCGACCCUGAUACAACUUUGAAACCAUCUGAAGAAGGCACUCCUGAAGAAGAUCUUUCUGGUGAUAGCGAUGCUACAGAAACUCAGGCUGCAGAAGACCGAUCUGAGGUAACAACGCUUCAAGAGCGCGAACCUCAACAAAGUCAGCCGAUAGAGGUCGAGUCCGCAGAAAGCCAGCCUGAAGAACCGGCUGGCUCUGAAUCCGAAGACAAAGCAGUUGUAGAGCCUGAUGCACGGCAGCAGCCAACGCCUCCAGAUCAAGCCGAAGGCGCAAGCGGAAUCCCUUCAGAGGAAGCACAAGUUAGCUCGGAACCAGAAACCCUUGAGACUGAACCGGAGGUGACGAGCGACACGCCAGUUCAAUCCAUUGUUGAAGGUCCAGAGACACCCGAGGAGCCUAUCCAUGAUGUGACCGAGCAACUGGGUGCCGAAGCAUCAAAAUCUUCUCCAAGUGAGUCCGGAAACGAGGAUUCACAGGCUUCAAGUUGUAACGACGCAAGCGUCGAAGCAGAGGUUGUCACUCAAGCGGGUUCUGAGGUCAUGGACGCCACGCGAGAACAAAGUUCUGACGACGACAAGAACGGUGAGACCACCCCCGCCGCUGACGAUGAGUCAGCUGCAGAACAACACGUACCUGACGAGGACACCCGGUCAAAGGACCCUUCACCUACGACUACAGAAUCCUCACAUGAGGACGAAAAGGGUGCGCAGCCUGCUGUUGACGCAGAAUCACCAGUCACGGUGGAGCAGGACAACGAGGAAGACUCUGGAGACAGUGCCGCUGGCCCAAGCGAAAAUCCGGUCGUGAUGGAAGCUUCUUCCGCCGCCGAUGAUUUGCCACCGGGCAGUCAGAUCUCGACCGAGUCCGAAUCAGCAGUUGAAGAUGAAUCCCCCAAUGAGAGCCAGCCCAUUACCGAUACCGAGCAGACUGCAGCAAGUGUACCUCCAUCGGAAGAAGUCAGUGUUCUCGUAGUUGAUACAGAUACUGCGCCUGCAGUUGAAUCGGUUGAUCUGGAGCCUUCAACAGGGGACGAGCUCCCAGCAAACGAUGCGUCUGUUGUGGGAAGCGAACUUUCCGAUGAGAAACAUGCUUCAGAGGAAGCUGCAUCAGAAAUUUGUAGCGAGAGCGAGCCUGUGCUCCCGGAACAAACCACGACAGAAGACCAGCCUGCAGUACAAGAUCACCUAGUAACGGACCAUGAACCUGUUGUAGACAGCGAACCAAAUCCCCUCGAUGUUGCUAUAGUCGAGAAAAUCAUGAAGGCGCAUUCCGAGGCAUCAAGGCAGGAUGACGAGGAAAAAGACCUGGAUUCUUCUACAAGCGAACCGGAGGCCGUCCAGGGCGAAGGUUCAAGCGAGGGCAUUCAAGAAGACUCUACCGACGCGACCACUCUUGCUAGUGAUGCUGACGGUGGUAACGAGGAAUCUGUGUGUGCCAAUGACGCUCAAGAAGCCGAGACUGGAAUUGUAGAUGUGGCUGAUCACGUCGAUGCCGAAUAUCAACCAGACGAGAAAGACCAGCUUUCGACGAUGACCUCCCCUGACAUAGUUGAAUCCAAGGAUACGGUCGAUUCUGGUGACAGCACCAUGCCUCCGUCUGAAGUGAGCCAGGCGCCUAUCGAACAGUCGAUUGACAAACAUGCAACGGACGAUUCCAAUGCUGAAGAGGAUAAAACUGAAGCACCACUUGUAGAGACCGACUUUACACGGGACUCCUCGGAUCCAAAAGUGACCACGGACAUGCCCACUACUGAUGUUUCAACGGACUCUGAUCAGCCUGAUGAGGGUCAAAAGCAGACGGACGUUCCUCAUGACGAUUCAGCUGGUGAUGGUACACUAGAUGCUGAUCAGCCUGAAAUUCCCAGUGAAACAAUGAUCGUUGCGAAUGGAGAUGAGACGAAAGAUAAUGCUUCCGAGGACAAGGAAGCGAAAGACAGCAACCCCGAAGAGCAGGUUGACCCCGUCAAAGAAGACGACAAAGAAGCUACAGAUGAUGUGCCAAUUACUGUGCUCGCGACCCAAACAGCUCCUCAUGAUGAUAGCAGCGCAACUGAGCCCGAGGACGCUCAAAUUGAACGAGGCGAGCAAGACAGUGGUGGUGAUGGCGGGGAGGAGACGACCACUACCACAAUUCCUGGCAGCGAUAGCGAACUCUCAGCCACCGGAAUAACCGCUGAAGCCGAGAAUACACCGGUCGCCCAGGAAGAGGCUAGCAAGCAUGCUGAAGCUGCUGUGGAUUCCAGCCAUGGGUCGAAUACUGAUGCGUCUAUAGCUGUCCAAGAAGAGGAUAGCGCCGUUGUGUCCGAUCUGCAGGUCCCCUCCGACGCACCCGCAAAUGACGAUUCAGUGCAGGAGGAAUCGAGCCCGAUAGCUGCGAGUGAAGAGCCGGAAAAGACCCUUGAGACACCUGCGCUCGCCACUGGCGGCAACGUGAGCGACGUCGUAGAUGAGCCGGCGGGCAACGGCCCCGGGCAGAGUCAUGUUCCAUCCUCGGAUUCCGAAUCGUCGCAACCUGAAGUACCUGCCGCAGCGGCUCCAGAGGGUGACAACAAUGAGAUAAGUAACGAUGCGAAUACUGACGCGGCCGAUGAGAUGGACCCGGACACCAACUCUGAGCAUCUUAGCGAUCCUGUCACGACCGUUGACGAUCCUACGGUUUUGCAAGAGCCUGUCGAGGCUCAUGUGACUGAGGAUUUGCAAGAGAGUUCAGAUGUCGACAGGUCGAUCCCCGACGAACGGCAUGUGGACUCAAAGGAUGCAGCAUUGAUUGUCGAUCCUCCUUCUCCAGAAGGCUCUACAGCAGAAACAGAGGCGCAAACGAGCGACGAUCCCUCUCUGCCGGUUGAAGUAGAUGAAGUCACGACGGAGGCGUCUCCAGCGCCCGCUCCCGCCCUGGAACAGGGUCCUCAAGAUGAGACCGACGCUGGUGAUGCUUCGUCUGCUGCACAGCAAACCGAGCCACUGGUGAUCGGAGAGACGGCCAUGGAAGGGACCGAGGUCGCGCAAAUCGCAGAGGAUACGGUGGUCGAGCCAGCGUCUCAAGAUACCGAAACUGACACUCAUACCCAACCUGAUUCCGAAGAAGCUAGUGAUGAGAAGGAUCCCGCUUCAGAUGGUCCCAAGGAGAGCGAGCCCACCCCAGAACAAGAAACCAAUGAAGAGGUGGAGGAAGCCAUCGUUCCUGAGGAUCAGCAGCCUUCGGCGGAACCCAGUACUACACAGGAGCAGGAAAUCAACUCGCCGGAUGCUACUGCAGACUUGCCAGCCAACGACGGCGAAGCAGCAGCCAAAGAGCAGAAUGAAUCUGGCGAGCCCGUAGCGGAAAGCACAGGUGAAGUUGAAUCGCAAGAGGAACGUCCCAGUGGGCAGGCAGAGCAGCCAGGUGAAGCUGAUGCUGGUAAUUUGGAGCCCGACAGUGCUCAACCUACGUCAGAGCAACAAGAAGAACCGCCUAUUGAGCAGGCUGGAUCCGAACAACAAGAGCCAAGCCCCGUAGACGCACAGCCAAGCAAAGCCGGAUCACAGGAUUGCGCUGCUGAGGAAAAUGCACCGCCAGCUGAGGCAGAAGCAAGCACAGAACCUACCGCUGCCGAGGGUACUGCUGGGGAGGCGUUGUCCGAGAAGACCGAGUUGCCGCUUGACAAUGCUACUACAGAGCCUUCUGGCGAUCCGGAAUCUUCAGCGCCUACAGAAAAAGCACCCGACAACACGGAUCAGCAGGAGGUCGAAGGCAACAGCAAUGGAGCUACCGAUCCCCCGCCAGACCCGGUAUAUGCUGAUGCAGGCGACCAAACUCAAGAAGUCGCAAACAAUGAAUCCGAAAAUGCUUCACACACCCCACUCGAUGAAGAAAUGGAUGAGGUUCAACCCACUACACCUCCCGCGGAACUUGAAGACUCAUCCAUCAUAAUGGCUGCUGUAGAUGUAGGAGAUAACUCCAACGAGAAGGAAGCUGAGAAGGUCACUGAAGGAACUGAUCCUAAGGUUGCAGGAACCGCGGAAGAAGGAGCGGUAGCAGUUCAAGAACAAGCCAAAGAAAGUGUCGCAGGGGAGCCGGACCCGCAACAGCAGUCCAACACUCCUGCACUUGAUAUCAGCGAGGAAGCACCUGUCGAACAAGUACAGGAACCUGCAACGCAAUCGGUGACUGAAGAUCCUCCCCAUGUUGAGCCCAUGGCGGAGGAUGCCCCCGCAGAACGAUCUCUGGAGCAACCUGAAGCAGUUGAGGAGCCUGAAAGUACUCAAGACACAGGUCUGCCCACAACCAAGGAACUACUGGAUUCAACGGGUCCACUUGACGAUACGCAACCGCGAACGCCGCCGAACGAGUCAGCCGUGGUUGACGGGCCCACACCGGACACAACACCGAGAGAAAAACAUAGGCGUCGACACUCUCACGCACACCGUGACAGCAAACACUCACAUCGCAGACGCGAGAGCAACGUUAGCGCUAGUGAACGUCCCACGCUCAAUCCUAUAGCUUUGUUGGCUGCUACUAAGCUCGCUGCAUCUGCCAAGAACAAGCGAAGAGAUAGCAUGACUGACCGUGAGCACGGCAGGCACAAGGAGAAGAUGCGAGAAGCCGAGAAAGGGAGCAGCAGUAGCAAGGAAAGAUCACAUCGCGAGCACAAGUCACACAGACAUCACCGCGACAGGGGCGACGAUAGAGAAAGCAAGCGUCGCGCCGUCGAGGAGGCCGAAGCUGAAGCUGAGCGAAAGCAGCGUCGUGAAGCCCGACGUGCAGAGAAAGAAAGACUAGCCCAAGAGGAGGCGGCUAGAAAGGAACAAGAAGACGAAGAACGAAGACAGAAGCGUCGUGAGGAGCGUCGGGCCAGACGAGCGGAGGAAGAGCAAAUGCGUAAAGAGCAGGAGGAACGGCUUGCAAGAGAAGCUGGAGAAAGGCAUGCAAGGGAAGAAGAAGAAAGACGAAAUAGACACGAGAAGCGGCGGCAAAGGCAUGAGGCUGAGAAAGAAGCCAGGCGCUUGGAGCGUGAAAAGGCCGAACAGGAAGAAGAAGACCGAAGGCUGCGCCGCCAACGUCGCGAAAAGGAGAAGUUGACGCCUAAAAAAGCCGAGGUCCUGGAACCCGAACCUCGCGACGCGGCUCGCCGUGCUGCUGAAGAGGAAGAGGAGCCUGUUCCAGAAUCCCCUGUCACUCCACGUGCGGCUACGCGUAAGCACACGAGCGACCGCCGCCGAGACGCACCACCUCCCCCACGUAGAAACAGUUUGCUUGGGGGACUCUUUGGUCGAUCGAAAACAGAACCCGUCGUGCCUAACGCCAAGUCAAUCAAACCUGUAGCUCGCGUUCGUACCGACCCUGCAGAGUCACCACCAAGCCCUGUGGAGGCCUUGCGAAAGGAGAAGGAGGGUCGAGCCAGCAGCCAACAUUCCUCCAAUGAGAGUCGCGAAAGGGCGGAGCGGCCGCAUCGCAGUCGUCGCCAUUCACACGCGCACCGCCGGUUCAACUCCGCGGAAGAGGAAGCCGAGUAUCGUGCUCGAAAGGAGGAGCGGCGCAAGGCCAAAGGAUACAAGCCAGAAAUGUCGGGUGCUCGUGAUGGAGGCAUCUCACUGAAUGCAACUGUCGACGAUGCCCCGCUACCUGAGCCAGCAGAGGCAAUGGCACCUCCCCAACCUCACGAAGAUGUGGAAGAUCGUCCAAGAUCUCCAUUCCUCGACGACUCCGCGGCCGUUGUUGGCGUCGCAUCGACAUCUUCCGGUGAUCAUCGGGAACGUCGGCGAACUACCCGACGCGUUUCCAUCGUUGAGGAUGCGCGUCCUAAGAGUCGACGCAUGUCCACCACCGAAAAAGAAAGACCUUCAAGCAAACGGACGGAAAGCGAUAGACCGCGGACCAGGGGAGCAGGCGAAGAGCGUGCGAGACCGCGACGCAGCGAGACGGAACGGAGCAGGAGCAGCAAGAAGAAAGACGAUAAUGGUAUUAAGGGGUUCUUUGGAGGUUUGAAGAGGAUAGUGGCUUAG